UCCAUGUCUUUGUGUUGUUCCUUGGUACCUGCGUGGGGUGUGAGUUUGAGAGCCACGUAUGAGGGUCCAUUCAGUGUUGGCGCCCUGGGGUUUCUUCUGCAUUGGUGUUAGCCAAAUUCAGUGAUUUCCCCCUGCCUGUCCUUUUGUGCACACCCUUGGCUGAGAUUCAUCAUCCUUGUGUUUAGCUUCUACGUGUUGUCCAUGCACUGCUGCUUAGUGUCCCUGCUCGUAGUGGUGCUGGCACCCUAGGACUUUCCCUUCCUCCACAGAAUUUUAUACAAAGCUCAGGGAUACUCGCCUACAUGUUCAGCUGCCCUAAAGACUUUGUCUAUGAAGUUCCCCUCUGCCCUUGAGUCCAACCUGUGUUCAUCACUAGAGGGACGUAACUCUUGAGUUCAAGUCGGUGUUAACCCACUCCACAGCCACCCAACAUACUGUAUUCCGUGCAUCGAGUGCCAGUGGCGACCAUAGCAGCAGUUCACACCCUCACCAUGGCCAUGAUUCCUCGGAGGUUGUCUCGGCCUUGUGUUGCCCGUUCCCUACUCCUCGCAGGUGAUGAUGAGUACUCUAGGUGUUCCUAUGGUUGGAGGGCGUUUCCAGUUCUGAAGGAAGAUUAGUUAGUCUUGUGUAUAAGCUUUGGAGGGUUCCUACCUUCCUGCUAAUGUAAUAAGUUAUGCACUUUGAGUAUAUCAGGACUUGUAAUAAAUGUAACUCUUCCUAUGUAAUAACCUUCAGUUUUAGAAAUGAAAAGAAUAUUUUGUAAAGUCUUCCGCUCUUAUCUCCGAAGUGUGUGUAUCGAAUGUGAUUACUGUAAUAUGCAUGUAUGGUGGGAGAUCCUUGGGAUGAUGAGUUCAAGUUGUUGAACUCGUGAUAGCCUUGUUAAGUUACCUGGUACACGUGCAUAGCGAUCUGAGGCCAUUGAGGCAAGGAUUGGUGCAUGUGGGCCCGAUAACUUGGGAGGGCUGCCAUAAUGGACCUCCUCCCAUUUUUGAUGGUGACGAUUUUCCAUAUUGGAAAAUUCAUAUGGAAGCUUACUUAGAGGCUAUAGACAUUGGUGUGUACAAAGCCGCCACUCAAGGGUUCCCCGAACCAAGAGAUCCCACAAAUCUUGUAGGAGAAGAGUUUAAUAAUGAAAAGUGGAAUGCUAAGGCCAAAAACACUCUAUUUAGAGGCCUUUGAAAAUAUGUCUUUAAUAGAGUAAGAAAUCAUAGAAAUAUUCAUGAUUUGUAAAUGGAUAUUUGCGCUCUACAUGAAGGGACUAAAAGUGAGCGUGAGGAGAGAUAUCACAUUACAAUGAAAAAAUUAAAUUCUUUUGAGAUGCUUGCAAAUGAAAAUGCCAAUGAUAUGCACUCACGUCUUAACAUUCUUGUAGAGGAAGUCAAUGGCUUGGGGCUCACCCAGAUUUCACAACCGGAUGUUGUGAGGAAGAUUCUCAGUGUCCUCCCAAUUGACAGAUAUGGACACAUUGUCACCAUGCUACAUCAGAUGGAUCUUUCAGUUGCUACUCCAACACAAAUAUUGGGAAAGAUCAAUGCUCAUGAAAUGUACAUGCACAUAAAUGACAAGGAUGGGUCAUCUUCCAAAAGAAAAGACUUGGCUCUUAAGGCCAAUCAAGAAAAGAAAGGGAAAGCUAAAGUGCAAAUUGAGGAGGAAUCCUCAAGUGAUGAUGAUCUUGAUGCUAACAUUGCUUUGAUGGUGAGAAAGACCACCAAAAUGUUGAAGAAACUUAAUAGAGAAGGCAUCAAGUUUGACUCAAGAAAGAAGAAGUUCUUCUCCAGUAAAAGAAAGCCCAUCUCAGAAAUGGAUUGCUAUAAUUGUGGAGAACUCGGUCAUCUUGCUCAUCAAUGCAACAAGCCCAAGAAGAACAAGUUCAAGGGCAAGAAAGAUAAUGACAGUGAUGAUGAGAAAAAUGAAAAGAAGUUCUUCAAGAGAAAGGAUGGGAAACACAAAAGAUUCCAUAAGAAGAAAAAUGGAAAGGCAUACAUUAUUGGUGACUGGCUCACUGACAUUGAGUCCUCAAGCGGGUCUUCUUCAAGUGAAGAAGAAAAUGAUGAAAAAAUUGCCGCUAUCGCUGGGGACUUCUCUUCACCACGACCAUCACCCUCAUCCACUUCUCACCUAUGCCUCAUGGCUAAAGGUGAACGGAAGGUACAAAUUGAGAAUGAUGUUAUUGAUGAUAGUGAUAGUGAUAGUGAUGAUGAGUUUGCUUCACCUUCCUAUGAUGAGUUAGCUGACUUACUUAAAGAAUACACUCAAAUCAUUAGGAAGUCAAAGGCUAAAUGUGAUAAUUUAAGGGCUAGUUUGGCAACACUAUUUUCCCAUGUUAUUUCCAAUUUCCCAAGGGAAAAUGAACUAAUUUCCCUUGGGAAAACGAAAAACCCUUGGGAAAAUAGGGUUUCCAAACUAGCCCUAAAAGAUGAAAAUGAAUUUUUAACUGCCAAAUAUGACAUAGUUGUAAAAGCUAGUGAUGAAAUGAAAAAAGAAAAUAAAACUAUAUCAUCCACUGUAAAUGAGCUCAAAUCCUCCCUAAAAGAUGCUAAGGAUAAGUAUGACAAAUUAAAUGAAGCAAAUAGGCAGUUGAAAGAUAGACUUGUAAAAUUUAAAGAAUAUUAUACAAAAAAUAAAAUUGACUAUGAUAAUCUUCUUGUUGCAAAUGAGCUUUUAUCUUGCAAUACACAUGAGGCUAUUAACCCUGCUGUUAAGAUUGAUGUAGCAACCUCAUGUGAUGAUUUGAGCCAAGAUGAUCAAUCUAGUCUUCAUGAUGAAUUGAUUGAAAAAGUUGAAGUUUUGACACUAGACAACCAGAAAUUGAAGAGAUACUUGGCUGAUGCAACCACUGGAGGAAAUGUUGCCAUAGAGAGCAAUGACAUUAACAAUGAGUUGGCAGUGGACAAUGAAAGGCUUAUAAAUGAGGUCAAGAAACUUAAGAAUGAAAAUGAACAUCUUGCCACAAGUGUGCAAAAGUUCAACAAAGGCCAAUACCUUCAAAAUGAGUUGCUCAUGAACACUGUCAUGAAAAACAACAAGAGUGGUAUUGAAUAUAAUUCUUUUGUGCAAAAGAAAGCAACAAAUCAAUACAAGGCAAAACAGACUCCUAAGCCUAUCAAGUGCUUUGAGUGUGGAAAAGAAGGACAUUUUGCGCACAACUACAAAGCCAAACCACCAACUCCCUUGCCAAAGCACUCAAGACCAUUUGCUUUCAAUGCUCAUUAUGUUCUAAGAAAAGUAGCAAAUGGAAAUGUCAAAGUUACAUUCCUAGGUCCACCAAGCAAGAGUAGACCUAGACAAAUUUGAGUUGCAAAGUCUUUGAUUGAGAAAUUCACUGGUCCUAUGCAAAAUAGGGCCCUCAAAAUUGAAGCUUGACUUAUUUGUUCAUGUAGGUGAACUACAAGACCGGUGGGAGCCAUUGGGUUAUUGAUAGUGGAUGCACUCAACAUAUGACUAGCAACCCACGGAUGUUCACCUCACUUGAUGAAAAUGUUGAUGAACAAGACAAAAUCACUUUUGGGGAUAAUUCGAAGGGAAAAGUUCAAGAACUUGGCAAGGUGGCUAUCUCAAAUGAUCUUUCAAUAUCAAAUGUUAUCUUGGUUGCACCAUUAAGCUUCAACUUAUUAUCAGUGGGUCAACUUUGUGAUCUUGGCCUUCAAUGCUUAUUCACUCCUACAGAGGUUGUUGUGUAAAAAAUGGAUGAUGAGUUAAUGGUGUUCAAAGGAUUUAGAUACAUCAAUCUCUACUUAGUGGAUUUCACCUCUGAAGAUGCAAACUUAAGAACUUGCCUCUUUACCAAAGCAUCACUUGGAUGGCUAUGGCAUAGAAGGCUUGCACAUGUUGGAAUGAGCACACUCAAGAAAGUACUAAAGAAAGACAUGGUUAGAGGACUAAAGGAUGUUGUAUUUGAAAAGGACAAGCCUUGUAGUGCAUGUCAAGCUGGAAAGCAAGUUGCUAACACACAUCCUACAAAAGCUUUUAUGUCAACAUCAAGGCCACUAGAACUACUUCAUAUGGAUCUAUUUGGACCAACAACUUAUGCUAGUGCUGGUGGCAACCUCUACCGUCUGGUUAUUGUUGAUGACUUUUCAAGAUACACUUGGGUGUUCUUUCUCCAUGAUAAGUCUGAAGUUGCAUCUAUAUUCAAGAAGUUUGCCAAGAAGGCUCAAAAUGAAUUUGAUUACAAAAUCAAGAAGAUUAUAAGUGACAACGGAAAAGAAUUUGACAACACCAACAUACAUGAAUAUUGUGAUGAGAUUGUGAUCAAACAUGAAGUUUCUGCAACAUACACACCUCAAGAGAAUGGAAUUGUUGAAAGAAAGAACAUGACUUUGAUCACUCUUGCAAGAACAAUGGUUGAUGAGUAUAACACACCGGAGAGGUUUUGGGCUGAAGCUGUCAACACUGCAUGCUAUGCAUCAAACAGGCUAUUUCCUCACUGGCUACUUGAGAAGACUCCCUAUGAACUGCUAAAUGGAAAAAAGCCAGAUGUCUCCUUCUUUCUGGUGUUUAGAUGCAAAUGCUACAUCUAUAAGAAACGCCAUCACAUAGGGAAGUUUCAAAGACAUUGUGAUAUUGGUUUCCUACUUGGUUAUUCAUCAAAAUCCAAAGCAUAUCGAGUAUUCAAUCAUGCCACUAGCGUGGUUGAAGAAACAUAUGAUGUGGAGUUUGAUGAGACUAAUGGCUCCCAAGGAGCACUUGAAAAUCUUGAUGAUGUAGGUGAUGAGCCACUUAGAGAAGCUAUGGAGAACGUGCCAAUUGGAGCCAUUAAACCAAAAGAAGAUGAAGAAGAGGUGCAAAAUAUUGACAGACCUUAUUCAUCAAUGUACCACAUGAUGAUGAAAAAGAUGAGAAGCAUGCAAAUGAAGAUACAUUUGUCUCUCAUGAACAAGCAAGGGUACAAGCUGAAGAUGUUGAUGCUCCAAGAUCUUCUUCCCAAGUGGUUGACAAGAGAAACUCAUCACUACUUCAAGCACACCCACAAGAUCAAAUCAUUGGUAGUCCUUCACAAGGGGUUAUCACUCGUUCUCAUAAACAUGCCUCAUUUAUUGAACAUCACUCUUUUGUUUCUUGUGUUGAGCCUACAUGUAUAGAUGAGGCGCUACAGGAUCCAGACUGGGUGAAUGCCAUGCAUGAAGAAUUAAACAACUUCACCCGCAACCAAGUUUGGACCCUGGAGAAACCUCCACAAGAUGCAAGGAUUAUUGGAACGAAAUGGGUGUUCAGAAACAAACAAGAUGAUCAAGGUGUGAUUGUGCAGAACAAGGCAAGACUAGUUGCAAAGGGCUUCUCUCAAGUUGAAGGCUUAGAUUUUGGAGAGACCUUUGCACAGGUUGCUCGACUCGAAGCCAUCCGUAUCAUACUUGCAUAUGCAUCAUGCUAUGACAUAAAGCUUUAUCAAAUGGAUGUAAAAAGUGCAUUU